UGAGGAACUGAAAGAAGACCUGUGAGAAGGGGGUUAAUGAGCACAGUAGAUAAUUUUGUUUUAAGAUCUGAAUUUAAACGCAAGCAUAAUAAGGACACUGAUUCGCCUGAGAAAGAGGAGAUCUGGGAAGAGGAUUUAGGAGAUUCAUGUCACUAUCAGGACAGGACAUACUGAUGGAAAGAAGGAGGCCACUGUGGCAACCAGAACUGACCCCGACGUGAUUUGAACACGCAACCUUCUGAUCUGGAGUCAGACGCGCUACCGUUGCGCCACGAGGUCACAGAUUUCUUGAGGAGGAAAAGAAACUGGCGUUAGCAGAGGAUGGUUUCGAUCCAUCGACCUCUGGGUUAUGGGCCCAGCACGCUCCCGCUGCGCCACUCUGCUGUGAGAACUACGUUGUCAUAAGGAGGAGGGGAAUCACAGGGAGCCAAGGAUGUGUUUGCUAUGGAAACUCUCUGGCACGGAAAAGCCGGCCCAGUUGUGAAGCAGGUGCCCCAGCCACGUCACCUUCUCUCUCACUCCAGCAACACAGCAGAUAUUGCCAACAGAUCCACUGAGUUCACAGGCCUCAUGCCAGGCGGUGUGAGUUCCAAGUCAGCAGAGCUGUGGUGAAACUGGCCAACCCAGGUCUGUCUAUGUAGGCUGAUCUCUAGACCUGGCUCCUAUCCCUGAAAGCAUCGAUAUCUUACAUCAUAAAUGUAAGGUAAAUGGGGUUCACAGUCCAGAGUUCGCCCCCAUCAUAGUUGGUAUCAUCACGGGGGGCAGGUGUGGAGACGUGGCACCCUGGCCAGACCUGCAUCUAAGUGGAGUCCUCAGGGGAGCCCUGCCAAUGGCAACUCCCAGCCCAGGGGUACUCCCUGGCCUCUGCUGGUGCUCCAGCCUGAGAGACCAGGCCGUGGAGAGUCCUGACUGGAGCCUUGGCUCAGCCCAGUGUCUGAAUCACAAAGUCAUCCCAAGACCAAGUCAAUCAGAAGAAAAUGUGAGUGCCUGAGAAUUGGCGGUGGGGAGACAGCCAGCAGGUGUGGACAAGGGAGAUGGACAGUGUGAGUGUCAGGUCACUGGGCUCCUUAAAGGCUCAGGCCAUCUCUGACUCCUCUCUCUACUCCUCUGAUCCUACCUCUCUGCUCAGCACAGGGUCUGGCUCACAGCAAACAGACAGGGCUCUCUGCUUAUCAGCUCAACUCAGCUUCCCUUGUCUCCCCAGGCCAGCUUCCCUCUGCCUGCAGCCUUGCUUGGAUUCUGUUUUCUCAUUAAAGCUCCAAGCAGAAAGCAGCAUUCAUUCAUUCCACAAAUAUUUACUGAGAGUCUCCUAUGUAUAAAGUACCCCGAUUUAGCAAAUUAAAAUACAACGUAUUUUACCUGGAGAUCUACCAACCCUCAGUUUUAGGUGCUGGGAAUUGAGCAGAAGCCAAAACAGCCCCAAAUUUCUGUCUCUGAGAGGCAUGACCCAACUUUAGUUUAGUCCAGUGUCCUUCCUUUAUUCAUCCCUGUCUCCACCUCUUCUCCCUCUUACUGGCUGGUAAGCAGCUCAGUGGGCAGGGAGUGACUCCUGAGGGGACUGAUUUUCCGAUCGAGGUGUGAAGGACAGGGAGUUCUCCGUCCCCUCUCCCCCACAGAGGUACAAGAGCUUCAGGACUCAUCUUCUUCAGCCAUGUGCUUGGACAAGGACGGGACUGGUCACCACCAUGGAGGGGAGGCCUGUAGUUCCUCCACCAGGAGAUGCCAAGUCAGAGGCCCUGAACACUCACCAUUUUCCCAACAAUGGGACUUCACUGAAGACACUGCUGGACAGAAGGAAGCAGGAAUAAUGCCCAGCACUUCUGGCUCAGGCGCUCUCUUCCUGAAGGACUUUCCUUGGGCAGCUGCUCAGACUUCACUCUUGCUUCUUCUGGGGCUUCUCCUGCUGGCUGCUCUUGGUUUUAUCUGGAAACUUCGCCAGGAGAAAGUGCGAGAAUGUUGGACCAAAGAAAAACUCCAAAGAGAACUCUGCUGGAGAAAAGCCCAGAAGGUGGAUGACUGGAGAAAAGCUCGGUCCCAUGCUGCUCACGUGACUCUGGAUCCAGACACUGCCUACCCUGAACUCUUUCUGUCUGAAGAUCACCGGAGUGUGAGGCGGAGAAAUAUGUGGCAGGAUCUCCCCGAGAGAACUGGAAGAUCAGAGACUCUUAUCACUAAUGGAAAACAAUUGAUUGUCUUCAUUCUGUGGGCUGUAACUUUCAGACGGAAUUGCCAAGAGAUGAAAACGGCCAGGUCCCUAGACUCCCCUCGGCUCCACCUCCUUGUCUGCCUCGUCUUGGUCGAGCUGCUUACCCCUUGCUCAGCUCAGUUUGCUGUGAUUGGACCCCCUGGGCCCGUCCUGGCCAUAGUGGGUGAAGACGCUGAGCUGCCCUGUCACCUGUCCCCAGAGAUGAGCGCGGAGACCAUGGAACUGAAGUGGGUGCAGUCCAGCCUCAGGCAGGUAGUUUUCAUGUACGCAGGUGGGAAGGAAGUAGAAGACAGACAGAUUGCAGAGUAUCGAGGGAGAACUGAAAUUUUAAGAGAUGACAUCACUGCAGGGAAGGUUGCUCUCCGAAUUCGCAACGUCAGAGCCUCUGACAGUGGAAACUACCUGUGUUAUUUCCAAGAUGGCAACUUCUACGAAAAAGCCUUGGUGGAGCUCAAGGUUGCGGCACUGGGUUCUGAUCUUCAUAUUGAAAUGAAGGGCCAUAAGGACGGAGGGAUCCACCUGGGGUGCACGUCCUCUGGCUGGUAUCCCCAGCCCCAGAUACAGUGGAGAGAUGUCAAGGGACAGAACAUGCCAGCUGUGGCAGCACCUCUGGCUGCAGAUGGAGUGGGCCUGUAUACAGUCACAUCAUCUCUAAUCGUGAAGGACAGUGCUGGGGAAGAGGUGUCCUGUAUCGUUAAAAAUCCCCUCCUCAACCAGGAAAAGACAGCCCGGAUUUCCAUUGCAGACCCCUUCUUCAGGAGCGCCCAGCGCUGGGUUGCUGUCUUCGCCGGGACCCUGCCUGUCUGUCUGCUGCUACUCACAGGGGCUGGUUAUUUCCUGUGGCUGCAGAAGAAGGAAAAAGAGGCUCUAUUCUUGGAGAAAGAAAGAGCAAAAGAGGAAAAGGAAAUAGCCCAGACUGAAAAGGAGCAGGAACAAAGAAUAAAAGAGACACUCCAGUAUGAACUCAAGUGGAGAAAGAUCCAGUACAUGGCUCGUGGGGAGAAGUCUCAGGCCUAUGCUGAGUGGAAGAAGGCCCUCUUCCAACCUGCGGAUGUGAUUUUGGAUCCAAACACAGCAAACCCCAUCCUCCUUGUUUCUGAUGACCAGAGGAGCCUGCAGCGGGCAGAUGAACGACAGAAUCUGCCAGACAACCCUGAGAGAUUUGAUUGGCAUUACUGUGUGCUUGGCUGCAAGAGCUUCACAUCAGGGAGACAUUACUGGGAGGUGGAGGUUGGGGACAGGAAAGAGUGGCAUGUCGGGGUGUGCCAGGAGAACGUGGAGAGAAAGUGUUGGGUGAAAAUGACACCCGAGAAUGGCUUCUGGACCGUGGGGCUGACUGAUGGGAGUAAAUAUCGGGCUCUCUCUGACCCCCGGACCAAACUGACAGUUGCCAACCCUCCUCAAAGAGUAGGGGUUUUCCUGGACUAUGAGACUGGUGAGGUCUCCUUCUACAACGCCAUGGAUGGAUCUCAUAUCUACACCUUUCCACACACCUUCUUCUCCGGGCCUCUGUGGCCUGUUUUCAGGAUUUUGACAUUGGAGCCCACAGCCUUGACGAUCUGCCCAGCACUGACAGGAGAGGGGAGUUCCAUUGUUCCUGACCUAGUGCCUGACCUUUCCCUGGAGAACACAGUGGCGGUGGGCUCAGCUGAUGAGAAUGGGGAACCUCAGGCUGAAGUAACAUCCUUGCUUGCCCCUACCUAGCCUCUUCCUUCACAGCAACAAAUCACAACCAUAAAAUCCUAAAGGCACACACUGUGUGAAGCAUUCCACUAAUAUUAAUACAAGUAUUUAUUCCAUAGGGACAGUUGACUAGAUACCACUUUCUUGUCUCUUUCAUAUGGAGAAAGAAACUGGGGUGCAGAAAAGUGAAUUCACUUUCCAAAGGUCACUCAGCUAGUGAAUGACAGCUGGGAUCCAAAUAAUAAUAACUAACAACAUUUACAGGUGACUUAAAAUGUACUGGGUGUUGUGCUCAAUGCUUUAAAUGAAUGUCACUCAUUAAAUCCUCACAACAACGCUAUUAUAUCACCUCGUUUUGCAAGUGUGUAAACUGAGGCAGGGCCAAGUGAAGUAAUUUAUAUAAUUCAUCAGAAAGUUUGUGCUGCUGGGAGAGGUUUGGCUCCUGGACCCAAUCUCCACCCCAUCCUCUACCCUCUAACUUAUUUUCCAGCCCAAUUGCCCCUGAGGGACAGGAACCAUGUACAACCCUGAGCUCCCCUUUCCAGGGCACCCCAGGGUCAGGAUCAUAAUAGGUGACUAUGGAGGCCACACCCAACUUGGUUGCUUCAAGGGCAAUUGUCAGAGCCAUAGGUACAUCGCUUUAUUGGAUCCACUCUGCAGGGCGACUCGGUCUGGAGAAUCAAUUCACAGUGACUGCACCACGCAGGACGGCAAAGGGACUAAAGGCCAAGUCUUAACGACUAAAGGGCAUGUGUGCCCCCACUCCCACCCUGUCAAUGUGAUGUGUGAUGAGGGAGCCAGAACCAAUCCUACGUUCCAGGUCUCUAGAAAGCGUAACUUAGUACAUAAAGAUUGUCUGUGGAACAAGGAUUGGGAGGAAUGAGGCUAGAUGAACUUUAGUGGUAUUUUUAUCAUGCUGUGGAUUCCAUCUCCAGGAAAGAGAUAUUUCCACCCCUGCUCAGUUUUGAUAUUAACUGAUAUUCUCUGCAGCUGAUGGGUACUGGACAGAAGUUACUCUACAUUAUCAGCACUAUUUUGUUGAUCAGUGUAUCCCUGCUACCUGGCAUGUGGUCGUCAAGUUACAUUUGUUAAAUAAAUGUGUUAAUAAUC